GUUCAUUGCUAGGAGAUACAACAGGAAAUGCAAAAAAGAAAAACUAAAAAUUCUGCAAAUAUUGUGAUCUUCACGAGGUGUAAAUUUCACAGUUCCUGAAAUUGGGUCAGAAAAACAAAACUAUCAGACUGAAUUAUUUCAUGAUUUCUAAUGUGUGCAUGAAAUGUGAAGCAAAAGUGUUACUGUUGCCAUCCAAAAAACCAGAGUGAGGGGCGUAGCAUUUCUAAAACAGCCAUGCCUACUAUGUCAACAAAGCCGGGUCCAGAGGUGGGCCUGGAGGAAGAGGGUUGUACUUUUCCAUGCUGGCGGACACUCCCCGAUCACAUCUUGCUGCACAUCUUCAGUUUCUUAGAAGCUUCAACGCUUGCCAAGGCUGGCCUUGUAUGUAAAGCUUGGUUACGAGUCGGUUUCGAUGAGCUUCUGUGGAAAGACUUGUUUUACCGUCACUGGGGUAUAUCUAGGUCAAUAAUGAUGGCCCCUGGAAAAUACUCGUGGAUUCAGGAGUAUAAACGUCUGCUUUACCACACACCCUCUGUUGAGAGCGAAGUUUUGAAACAGCACGCUGAUCAGGUGUUACAUGUCAGUUUCUCUCACAACGGGAAAAUGUUCGCUACAUGUUCAAAAGAUGGUUUCAUAAGGGUAUGGGACGCAACAUACCCUACUUCCAUCAAGUACAAGACAGAUAUGCGAAAGUUCACUUGGAAAUACACUCAAUUCUCGCAGUUUAACUCUAUGGACACUCUACUUCUUGUCUCUGGCGUACACUUCGGAUCUCUGAGCACUUCUGGUGAAAUAGCUGUCUUCAGUUUAGAAGGUGAAUUCAUAAUGCAGAGUCGGGUGAUGAACAAGCCCUAUGAUGUGUUUGGAACAUGGUAUAACGAUUUCUACCUGCUGUCAGGAAAUCUUCAUUGGACGGGUCAUCUCAACUCAUGUUCUGCUAUCUGGUUAAAUAAGGCUUAUCAAGAGACAACUUCAGAGGAAGAAUCAGUUGUGAUGAGACUUUUCAAGUUUUCAAACAUCAAUGCAAGCUCUAUACGUACAAUAAUGAUUGCCAACUGUCUGUCUGACGAGGCAGAAGCCCAGGCUGCAGAAGAUAAAUCCCUUACAGAAGACAAUAGUGCUGCUGAUAAUACUUCACUUGUAUCGCUGCCUCUGAUUGGUGACUUUUUCUCCAAUCAGGAAGAGGAAGACAUGAUUGAAGAGCAAGAGGAACCUAAUGAUGCAGAAGAGGGCAAAGAAGAGAAAAACACAGUAAAGAAGAUUGGGAAAAAUACUUCUAAAGCUUUGCAGAGUAUCCAGGUGUUUGAAAACGGAGAGUUUAUUACAAAAUUUCUAGAAGUUGAUGCAGAUGAGCCAAAUAAUAAGUUAAAUGGCACAAUAGAGUACAGUAGUGACUAUAGACUGGCAGAGACUCCAAAUGUUCUGAAAAUGAAGGUUUUAUGUGGCGAUACUUCUGGUUCCGAGCUGAGUACCAAUGGAAACCAGUCUGGUUCAGAAAUAGGAAGUGUGAAUGGUUCGUCAGAUGUCUUUGAUCACAGUCACUCUUCUCUGGAUGUGGAUAUGGGGAGAAAAAGCAGUAGAUCUGACAUAGAAGAUAGCCAAUCAGAUCAAAUGCUGACUGUUAAACGACAGUCCUUACAGCCCAGUCCAUGCAGUGCGGAACAUGUUCAGUUUGCACUAUCAGACUUCGCUCCCUUGGCACUAGAAGAAAGGUCAGAAUCUCCCAUGUUGAGUCCCAGACCAGAUCUUAGUUCAAUAGAGUUACAGUCUGAUAGGAAUAGUGAAAGUUCAUUGGAGUCCCAGUCUAUAGAAUUCAGUCAAGCUUCUUUAGAGGACCAGUCUAUUUUUGAAAGACAACCCUCAGAAUUGGUGGAUUCAUCCACUGAAACAAUUACAGGAGAGCCCCAAGAGGCGCAGAAUGAGCGUGUCGCUGAGGUUUCUAGUCAAUUGUCCAGCUACAAAUAUAGUCCAAAACGUGUCUUACAUGGCCAACAACAGCGCCAUGGUGAGAGGGUUCGAGACCCGUCAACUUGUGAACACGAGUUUAAGAUGGAGACUAACACAAGCAUAGAGGCUGGUUCAAGCUCCAGUGAGAGCCUCGAGCUCCCGGAAAAGACUCCACGGUUGGCGUUUUGUUGCGUAGAUUAUAAAAAACAGAAAAAAGUUGUGCCAUUUAAGCAAGCAUUUGCUGCUAAUAGAGCUUCAAAUAGGACAUCAAAAUCCAAAACUUGUUUAAGUAGUAAUUCUGUGGAAACUAUUGAGAGUGAUAAUAGAUUUGAAGCAAAUUCAGACUGUGCACAGGUUAAAAGUGAGCAUAAUGCGGGUAAAAAUAUACAGUCUAAAAUGUGUCUUGGAAGACAGUCGAUGGAGGCUGUCGAAGAUGUGCCAAAAUCUGAGGUGAGGGUUGAAAAUAGUCAAGGAAGGACACAGUCUAAAAUGUGUACAAGUACGGAUAACCAGUCUGGUUCAGAUGUUGGAAUAGACUGUGUUCCUGGACGAGUACAGUCCAGAAUUUGUGCUGGAAUUGGAACUGCUUCAAUGGAAAACUUGGAGAAUCAGGCAGGUGAUAGUGACAUGAAAAUCAAAUGUAAGCCAGUCCGAAAUACUUGCAAUAUGCAGUCUGAUACGACGUCAGUUACAAUAUCGUCAAGUAGCAGCCAGUCAAAUAUAUACAAAGCUGAAGACAGUGUUCCGAAACUGAAAUACAAAAGUAAACGAGCUAAGAAAAAGAAAGCUCGCAAAGUGAAAGACAAAUAUCUUAUAUUCACGAAAGGGUCAGAAACGUAUACUCCGCACCAGAUUGGAAUUAAAAGAAUUAAGCCGUUCAGCGAUGACGGUUCACGUCUGCUGCCAAAUGUUGCAGAUAAUACGCAUAAUCUCGAACAAGGCGACGAAAAUUACGACGACGUAGAUCACUUGAUUGACAUGCAUGGCCAUAUCAUUGGUAUGACAUUGUCACCAGAUCAAAGAUACCUGUAUGUGAACAGUCGACCUUGGCCGAAGAAUUACCACAUAGAAAAUCCUCUGUAUCCGCCACCGAUCGCACAGGAGAUAGAUAUCCAUGUGAUUGACCUACUUAAUAUGCGAGAGGUUGGUACAAUGCACAGGGCUCACAAGGCGUACACGUCAAAUGAUGAAUGUUUCUUUAUAUUUCUAGAUGUUUGUGAGGAAUAUGUGGCAAGUGGCGCGGAAGACAAGCACGGUUAUCUGUGGGAUCGUCACUAUGGCCUAUGUCUGCACAAAUACCCGCACACAGACGUCGUGAAUUCUGUAGCAUUUAAUCCCGCUGAUCCAGAAGUUCUUGUUACAGUUAGUGAUGAUUUCUCCAUCAAAAUAUGGCGAUCAUUGAGCCGAGAAAAAGAGGUUGUUAAAGCAUUCAACAAAGAGCACAGUAUAAGGGUGAAGCAUGUACAAGCUUUAAUGUCAGAAACAAGCGAGUUUGACGAGAAGGUUAGCAGUUUCGAGGAAAAAACUUGAACGUUCGACAGAAAUUCCACUUUGCUCGGUUAAUACUGUGGUAUGACCUAGACACGAUGAAUUUCGAAAAUGGAAACCUGGUUCCAAUUUUUCUGAUGAAGGGAAAAUGGGAAAAUUGUUUAAGGCCUUUUGCCUAUAGAUGUUUAUAAAGCGCUGAUCAUCUGUAACUAAUAGAGGCUCAUUGUGUUAAGUUUGUAUAAUGUAGUCACGAGAAGAAGGCUUAUAAGUUUGUUUGUUACAUUAUGGUCAUAAAAUUUUGCUAUGUAGAUACUGAUUAUUAUAUGGAGAUCAUGAAACAAUAUUUACUCAUAAACAGAGUUCUAAUAUGUUAAUAAUAAGAAAUGAGUUUUUGCAUCAUUUGGAAUAGUUAUGUAUAAUUCAUGCUUAUGAUUUUAUUUGCACGGCAAAUGCAUUUUUCCAUUCCAUAACAAUUCUAUGGUUUUGUAAUAUUUUCUGAUUUAUUAGGAAGAUCCAAGUGUCGUAUGGUGAUAUAAUGUUUUCUAAUUUAUAUCUAAGAAUGGCAUGUGCAUUUUGGGCUUCAGUUUCCAAGUGGUUAACGCUGCCAACUUCAAAUCACUUACUCCUCAUUACUGUGGGUUUGAAUCCCAUUGGGGACUUUGGAUUCUUUCAUACGAGGAAGAUAUCAAGCUAGCUUUUUGAAGCUUGUUGGUACUCAGGGGUCCGUCCAUGCCUGAAAUAAUGCACAAAAGGGGCACCUGAGCUCUUCCUCCACCAGUAAAUCUGGAAAGUCGCCUUAUGAUCUUUACAGUAUUGGUGUGACUUAAAAUCCAAUAAAACAAGCAUGCCCAAUUAAAAUACUCGAUCAACAUUUUAUGUACAGCUAUGCUUUUACAAUGUACAUCAAAAGUGCUUGCUACAUAUCUAUCUAUCUUCCAUUAUUGUCAAAUCCCUAGCAGGGACGUAGAGAUAUUCCCAUAUUUUUGUUUGCUUGUAAAAAAGGCUAGAAGCAUGUUUAAACAACUCCUGAUAUUGUUGUUUUUAGAACAAACUCUUUACUACUGGCUGACUUACUUUCAGUUUUCAUCUUGUUACCCCAGAAAUUGAUAAUAGACUGUUCUAAAAAUAAAAGCUGGACAAGUGCAUUUAAGAAAGUGAGCAGUUAAAGGUUAAAAUUAUUUGAAUUUCUGUUUCUCAAUGAUUAUUGUUAUAAAAAUAUCCCUUUUACAGAAUUUGUGUCUGACAAAGGACUCUAAAUUCAAGUCUUACAACAGACCCUUUAUUCAUGUCUUGACAACAGACCUUGUAUUUGUGUCUGACAACAGACCCAGUAUUUGUAUCUAACAACAGACUAUUUGUGUCUACAAAAGACCCUAUAUUGGUGUCUGACAACAGACCCAAUAUUAGUGUCUGACAACAGACUCUAUAUUUGUGUCUGACAACAGAUUAUAUAUUUGUGUCUGACAACAAACCCUAUAUAAUAGUGUCUGACAGCAUACCCUAUAUUUGUGUCUGAUAACAGACUCUAUAUUUGUGUCUGAAAACAGACCCUAUAUUUGUGUCUGACAACAGACUAUAUUUGUGUCUGAUAACAGACUCUAUAUUUGUGUCUGAAAACAGACCCUUUAUUUGUGUCUGACAACAGACUAUAUUUGUGUCUGAAAACAGACCCUAUAUUUGUGUCUGACAACAGAUUAUAUUUGUGUCUGACAACAAACUAUAUUUGUGUCUGAUAACAGACUCUAUAUUUGUGUCUGAAAACAGACCCUAUAUUUGUGUCUGACAACAGACUAUAUUUGUGUCUGAAAACAGACCCUAUAUUUGUGUCUGACAACAGAUUAUAUUUGUGUCUGAUAACAGACUCUAUAUUUGUGUCUGACAACAGACCUUAUAUUUGUGUCUACUUUAUAUUUGUGUCUGACAACAGACCUUAUAUUUGUGUCUGACAACAGACCCUAUAUUUGUGUCUUAAAACAGAUCUUAUAUUUUGUGUCUGAAAACAGACCCUUUAUUUGUUUCUGACAACAGACCCUAUAUUAUAGAGUCUGACAACAGACCCUAUAUUUGUAUCUGACAAAUUGAAUUUUUCUUACCUAUCAAAUCUGUUAACUUCAACCUUCAAAUAAACACGGGUGCUUUCAUUAAUUAUCUAUAAUACUUAUUGUUUUGCUGUGUUAUUUUUUUAUGCCACCGCAGCAUCUGCGAUGCGGUGGCAUAUAGCGAUUCACCUGUGUGUGUGUGUGUUUGUUUGUUUGUUUGUGUGUGUGUGUGUGUGUGUGUUAUAUAGAUUAUAUAGUGAACUUAAAAAAUCUUCUUGUGAAAAACCACUAGUCCAAUUUCAACCAAACUUGGUAGGAUUGAUCCUUGGGUGAAGGGCUUCCAAAGUUGUUCAAAGAAUUUAAUUCCAUGUACAAAUCUGGUUGCCAUGGCAACCAAAAGGAAUUAUAAGAAUAAAUUUAAAAAAUCUUCUUGUAAAGACCCAAAAGGCCGAGACCUUAGAUAUUUUGCAUAAGGCAUUGUCUGGUAGACCUCUACCAAGAUUGUUCAAAUUAUAGCCCUGGGGUCAAAAUCGGCCCCGCCCCGGGGGUCAUUGAUUUUCACUAAAUGUACAUAUAGUAAAAACUUAAAAUACCUUUUUGUAAAGACCCAUAGGCCUAGAGCUUAGAUAUUUUGCAUAAGGCAUUUUCUGGUAGACCUCUACCAAUAUUGUACAAAUUAUAGCCCUGGGGUCAAAAUCAGCCCUGCCCCGGGGGUCAUGGAUUUUCACUAUAUGUACAUAUAGUAAAAAUUUAAAAUACCUUCUUGUAAAGACCCAAAAGGCCUAAAGCUUAGAUAUUUUGCAUAAGGCAUUGUCUGAUAGGCUUCCAAAGUUGUUCAAAGAAUUUAAUUCCAUGUACAAAUCUGGUUGCCAUGGCAACCAAAAGGAAUUAUAAGAAUAAAUUUAAAAAAUCUUCUUGUAAAGACCCAAAAGGCCUAGACCUUAGAUAUUUUGCAUAAGGCAUUGUCUGGUAGACCUCUACCAAGAUUGUUCAAAUUAUAGCCCUGGGGUCAAAAUCGGCCCCGCCCCGGGGGUCAUUGAUUUUCACUAUAUGUACAUAUAGUAAAAACUUAAAAUACCUUUUUGUAAAGACCCAUAGGCCUAGAGCUUAGAUAUUUUGCAUAAGGCAUUUUCUGGUAGACCUCUACCAAUAUUGUACAAAUUAUAGCCCUGGGGUCAAAAUCAGCCCUGCCCCGGGGGUCAUGGAUUUUCACUAUAUGUACAUAUAGUAAAAAUUUAAAAUACCUUCUUGUAAAGACCCAAAAGGCCUAAAGCUUAGAUAUUUUGCAUAAGGCAUUGUCUGAUAGACCUCUACCC